AUACAGUGAAUACUUUGUUUUGUGCUCGCAUUUAACCCUAAUGACGCCCACUAGACCCGUGGUCACCGAUGACCAUUUCGAGGAGAAUUGUGUUUCUCCGACAUCAGAAGUGGGAUCGAUGCAGGCACAAAACGCUGAUAAAUGGAUCGAGGCGAACGACGGUUUACGCGCUUUAUUUGAGGCGCAGUAA